CAUCCACAUAAUCAGGGGCAGGUUUUGUGAUGACAUUAUCCCAACUACCACUCUGAACCCUGCCACCACAACCACCAGUGCUCCUGCCUCCGCCAUAGAUUGCACUUUUGAGCAAGGUCUAUGCAGUUGGGUCCAGGAUGUCAGUGGUGAUUUGAACUGGACUCUCAGUAGUGGGCUUCAAGUGGACCAGCCAUGGGAUGGACCUCAGUAUGAUCAUACUGUUGGAAAUAACCAAGGCUUCUAUUUACUGUUAAAUGGAUCUGGAUCAAGGAUGGGGAGAGAGCAGCCAUCUCGGUUCCUGUUAUCAAUCUUUCAUCACAUAUCUGUAUGGGAUUCUGGUACUUCAUGCUCGGGCCUUCAGUGUCCACCCUUGACCUGAUGGUUAAAACAAAUUCAUCUGAGCUGUUAGUCUGGACUCGCCAAGGGACCCAGAAUCCAGAGUGGAUUAACGCACAAGUAUCCAUCAACAUGACCAACACAACACAGGUCAUGUUCACUGGCCAUAGAAACACCAACAGUAAAGGAUUUAUUGCCAUUGAUGACAUAACAGUGAAGGAGGGGGCCUGCAGUAAUCAGAAUGAGUGUGGGUUUGAUUCCAGCUGGUGCAGCUUUGAGAAUGCUCUCGAUCAUAAGGGUCACUGGGGUCGCAAAAGAGGCACAACAUACCAGGUGGAUCACACUUAUGGAACGGAAAAUGGCUUUUACAUGACUGUAAUGAUAUCUAACUCUACACAAACUGAAGAAGCUCAGCUGCUCACACCUGAAUUCACCUCGGCCACAGAGAUAUGUGUGCGCUUCUGGUACUGGAUACCUACUGGGUCUUCUAACAGCCUUGCCGUGCAUGGGCUGCGUAGCGGAGAGCUGAGUAAGACACUUUGGCAACGAUCUGGAGCGCCCUCCUCAGGCUGGGAGGUGUCUGAGGUCACUGUGUCCUCCCCGGCAAACUACCACGUUGUGUUUAAGGCCUUCCAUGUGCCAGGCACCAACUCUACAGUGAGGUUAGAUGAUAUUUCUGUAAGGGAUGGGGCUUGCAGUCCUCCAGGCAGCUGUGACUUUGAGUCCGGGCAGUGCACCUGGGUCAACAUCCCCAAAGAAGAUGGACAUGACUGGGUGUUGAGCCGUGGAGGCUUCCAGGGUCCACCGACAGACCACACCACUCAGACCCCAGAGGGUUGGUUCUUGGUGAGCUCAUCACUGCACCAAAACCGCAGCAGUGUAGCACAGGUUUUGUCAGAAUGGAUCCAACUGAGAGACACCACCUCCUGUCUUACCUUGUGGUACCAUAUGGACAGCAGUGACUCGGGGACGUUAAAGGUGCUCAUGCGUUCAGGGCCAUCGGAGGAGGAGCUGAUGUUCAACAGUAACAGCAGUGGACGCGUAUGGACCAGGUUCUCUAAGUCUGUAGAGAAGCGCAAACCUUUCCAGCUGCUGAUCGAAGCAGAGACUAACAACAGAGGAUUUAUUGCCAUUGAUGACAUUAGUGUUACACCAGGCCUUUGUCAAGUAAAUGAAACAAGUUUGGGAUUUGUGGGUUGUUCAUUUGAAAAUGGCACAUGUGGCUGGGAGGACAUCAGCGUUGGUCAGUGUGAGUGGAUGAGAGGAAGGAAUGCUACUGGGAACACUGGACCCUCUGUGGAUCACACGGAGGGCACUGAACUGGGUUGGUACAUUACGGUAAUGCCACACCGAGGAGAGGAAAUGAGCCCUGCUGCCGUGCAGAGUCCCACCAUGAAACAGGCCAGCGCCACCUGCACACUGCACUUUUACUACAACACGUAUGGAGAGGACAUAGAGGAGCUGAACGUGCUGCUAAAGGAGGGCUCCAGAACCACCUCACUGUGGUGGCUAACUGGUAACCAUGGAGAUGUGUGGCAUCACGGUGAGGUAACGGUUGGUCGAAUACCUCAGGACUUCACCAUCCUGUUUGAAGCCUCCAGGACCUUUAACAGGCCUGGACACAUUGCUGUUGAUGACAUAGAUUUUGCCAACUGCACCCUGCCUGAGCCCCAGCCUGUGUGUCCAGAGAAUAUGUUCAUGUGCAACAACAGUGUGUGUGUGGAGCACAACCAAGUGUGUGACUUCAGCGAUGACUGUGCGGACUGGUCUGAUGAGAACAACUGUGAGCAACAAGGUGUUGUGGAGCGCUGCAGCUUUGAACAAGGCCUGUGUUUCUGGGAGCAAAGUGAUGUGGACACACCUGGAGCUGGGUGGAUGCAUCACAAAGGACAGGAAGCCUGGCCCGAACAUGGGCCUCCCAGGGAUCACACCCUAAACUCUGCUGCAGGUCACUAUGUCAGCCCUGGGACUCACCUAACUGCGAAUGGUCAGUCGUCAGAGAUUCUUUCCAAAACUUUACUACCCAGCUCCCACUGCACUGUGAGGUUUUUCUUCUUCAGCCUGGAUGAUGCUACAGCCAGACUGACAGCCCAGUCCAGGACGCUACAGUCUGGUAGUGACGACAAUGUGUUGUGGCUCAGGGAAAACUCCCAGAGCUACAGCUGGCAGAGAGCAGAGUUUGCCUUCUCCUCCUCACACAAUAGCCAGAUUGUCUUCAGAUAUGAGCAAGGUGAUGGUCAGAGAUGGCUGGUUGCACUGGACGACAUCUCUUUCUCCAAGGAGUGUGUAUUUGACCCUGAGAACACCAAACUGCCUAACACAUCAACCACCUCUGCCCCACCUACAUCCUCUAACACAUCCACUUCUCCAGCCUCAAGCUCAACUGCACCAACCCACCCCUGUCAGGAUAAUGAGUUUUUCUGUUGGCGGUCAGCUGGAAACGUGUGUAUUCUGGCUACUUUACAGUGUGAUUAUCAUCCAAAUUGCCCACAGGGGGAGGACGAGGAUGGCUGUGGCCGGUGUACAUUUGAGAGUAACCAGUGCCAAUGGACUGACACCAGUGAUGGACAGAGUAGGUGGCAGAGACAGAAAGCCAGUAACAACACUGAGCCGCCAACUGACCACACUACAGACACAGGCUAUUUUAUGAGAGUGAAAUUCAGUCAGGGGUCCACACAGAUUGAAGCCAGACUUCAGAGUCCCCCACUCCCCUCUACAUCUCCCUACUGCCAGAUUGUGUUUCACUUCCACAUCAGUGCAGAGAGUGCUGGGUCACUCAGAGUGCUUAUGCAGCAAGCUGAGGGCGGUGAAGCAAUCCUGUGGUCACGCAGUCACAACACUGUCUCCCAUUGGACCCCAGAGCAUCUGCCUCUAGGUCUACACCAGCAGCCUUAUAAGGUUUGGUUCAGUAGCAUGAAUAAAGGGACUCAGACAGACACUACUGCUGGGGAUCACAUUGUUGCUGUGGAUGAUAUCUCUUUUCUAAACUGUGAAAAAGCAUACCAACCACCAGCUCUGUCUGCUUGGGGAUGUUCUUUUGAAGAUGGUCUGUGUGUUUGGGCUCAGGGGGCUGAAGAUGAGUUGGACUGGCUCAUCAGGUCUGGUCCCACAGAGACCCCCAACACCGGGCCUGCAGGAGACCACACUACCGGCAAAGGGAAAUACCUUUACAUCAAGAGUUCUCCACCAAGUGUGAAGGGAAAUACGGCCCAACUGAAGUCUUUGCUGCUGCCACCUGCUGGUGAAGAAGGAUACUGUUUCACAUUUUGGUACCACAUGUUUGGGGCUACUGCUGGCUCCUUGAGGAUACUUCUACAAACAGCUAAUCCCUUAAAGAAAACAUUGGUGUGGCAAAAAUCAGGAAAUCAAGGGGACGAGUGGCUGCUGGUUCAGAGUCACGUGACCUUGCAGAGAGUCCACCAAGUGAUUUUGGAGGCUACAGUGGGGGGACAGGCAGGAGACAUAGCCAUUGACGACAUGUCCCUCAUCAGUGGACCAUGUCCUGCCUCUGAUAUUUGUGACUUUGAGGAGGGGAGCUGUAACUGGCAGCAGCAGACAACCGAUGACUUUGACUGGGUCAGACAGUCGGGCUCCGCCCACAAACCCAACACUGGGCCAGACAGUGACCACACAACCAACACACCCAUGGGCCAUUACUACUACCUUUCCUCCUCUACUGACGACUGCGCAGGGCAGACAGCUAAAAUGUCUUCACCACUGUAUCCUGCAGGAAAAGGAGCUUGUGUGCAGCUGUGGUACCACAUGUAUGGCAAAGGAAUGGGGAUGCUGAAUAUUUACCAGCAGAGUGAAGAAGGGAAGCAAGCUCUGAUUUUCUCUCAGACAGGAGACCAGGGCCAGAUGUGGAGGUCAGCUCAGGCGUCUCUUCUGCCACGUGUUCAGCCUUACAGGAUUGUGGUGGAAGGUGUGAAGGCUGGCCCCACCCAGGAAGGAGACAUGGCCUUUGAUGAUGUACAGCUGACAGAUGCACAGUGUCCUCCUCUUGGACAUUGUGACUUUGAGAGCAGCAUAUGUAGCUGGAGCAACCUAGGAGGAAGAGUCGACCAAGGGGACUGGCUCCGUGGCCAAGGAGCCUCCCCAAACCCCAACACUGGACCCAGUGUUGACCACACCACUAACUCGACACACGGUUACUAUCUGUAUGUGGACAGCUCAGUGGGCGAGUGGGGAGACAUGUCCUUCCUGAUCAGUGAUGUGUUCCAGCCGUCCACUAGAGGCCACUGUCUGAUAUUCUGGUACCACAUGUAUGGCAACCACGUUGGGACUCUCAGAGUUUACAUAAAUGACAGAAAAAUGCAUACUGGUGGCAACGAAGAAGGGAUUCUGAAGUGGAUUGACACAGUAAACAAUGGAGACAAGUGGCAGGAGGCCAGGGUGUCUGUUAAACAUCAAGAAGCAUUCUGGUUUGUGUUUGUGUAUCAGAGGGGAAUGAAUACAGGUGGGGAUGUUGCUCUUGAUGAUAUCACCAUCCUCCCUGGCGGCUGCUACUCAGAGCCCCCCAUUGACCCUCCUGAUGAUAACAUUGACAUGUUGUCUGUAGGUCUGGCUGUUGGUCUGACUCUGCUGACUGGAGUCAUCAUCUCCAUAUUCCUCUUUGUGCUGAACAGGAAGUAUAGUACAAUGAAUCAGCCAACAAUUAUGAAUAACGACCCAAUUGAAGUGAACUCUGCGUUUAACCUCUUUGAUUGCAAAAUAGAUGGUGUACAACGUGGAACUGAAUCUGACUUUUCCUUCUUCAACAAGCUGUACAAUCCGUCGCCAAAUGUAACUGACACCACAGUGGCUUCAUCUGAUGCUUAGUCCAGAUAAAUACCUCCAGUGAAACAAACCAUUCACCAAUUUGCCUGUGCUCUUAGAGAUAUU